AUGGCACGUCUCCUAACUAUGUUGUCAAUAAAUAAUCUCAGUGCUUUGUUGAAGAGCGUCUUAGAACAGGAAAUAGCAGUCGAGACAGGUUUACUUCCUGCUGAACAUUGCAAGGGAUUACUGAAUCCUGAAGAAUCUAUUUCUCCUUUAACAUCAGAAACAGGAAAGUAUCCAAAGUUCCCUCUUUAUAUUGAACUUUGCAAAAAGUUACUGCUGUGGAUGGAAAAUGGGGAUUUUCCUGUAAAAAGUAAAGAUUGUGGUUUAUUGACUGAAAGAGAUUUUAUUGCUCAACGAGAGGAAAUGACAAAGAAAACUACACCGCUACUUGAAGCUCUCAGGAGUUCCUGGACAGAGACUUCUGAUUUCGAAAAAGCUCAUCAGUUAACUUUAGUACUAAAACUUCUUGGCAUCAGAGGAAUUCUUGAUUUGUUGAAUAUCUGUCACACUCAAGGGAGUGUUGAUGUUUUACCACCUUCAGUGUCAUCACUUCUUGCAUCAUUCAGUAAGAAACAUAAACCAAAUUCAAAUUUGACUGUUGGGGCCCGGGCACUGUCAAAGCAUUGCCACAGAGAUGUUACUAGUGAAUGGUGGGGUGCCUGUGCAGGAAGUGAACAAGUCAAGAAUGAGCAUGCUAACACAGUGGUAAAUCGAAUAUUAAAUGAUUCAUCAUGGAUCAACAUUCAUCUACUGCCCCAUGAUCUUAAGGUGAUUGAAGUGAGGUGUUCAGAAGGAUAUGGUGCUCGCUGGAGUCAUGAUGGAUCAACCUUCCGUGGUUUUCUAGAACCUCAGAUGGAAGAUGGUCAUGCUGUUGGAUGGAAGCAUUGA